AUGUCCCCCGGGGGCCCAAAAGAGCAGCCAGAGAGCAGUAAUUCAGCACCGCAAGCAUUCAACACUCCGGAGCCACCUUACACGAUAUUUGAUAAGAGACAAAAAUGGUUAAUUGUCUUCAUCGUCUCGUUUGCCGCAACUUUUUCUGGCUUCGCAUCAAAUAUCUACUUCCCAGCGUUACCAACCAUUGCAGAUGACUUGAACGUAUCUCUGGAGCUCGUCAACUUGACAGUCACGUCUUACCUUAUCUUCCAAGGAAUAGCACCAAGUUUUUGGGGCCCGGUGUCCGAUGUUCGAGGUCGCCGAAUCGCAUACACAUGCACGUUUCUCGUGUUCCUCGGCGCCUGUAUUGGACUCGCGGAAACCAAGAAUUAUGCUACACUCAUCGUGCUCCGAUGUCUUCAGAGCACUGGCAGUGCUAGCACUAUCGCUAUUGGGUCCGGCGUCAUUGGCGACAUUACCACUCGAGCUGACCGAGGAGGCUUUAUGGGUAUCUUCCAAGCGGGACUCCUUGUGCCUGUUGCUGUGGGACCGGUUAUUGGCGGUGGUAUUGCAGGCUCCUUGGGAUGGAGGGCUAUCUUCUGGUUCUUAACUAUCUACAGCGGUGUAUUUCUCGUUUCGCUACUCGUUCUGUUACCAGAGACACUCCGGUCGCUUGUGGCAAACGGGAGCUUGAAGCCAUCUAACCUCUUGACCAAAUUUCCUCUCGAUACUUAUCAGAAGACCACCAAAGUCGAGUGGAAUCCUGAAGCACCGCCACCAGAGCUUGCGGCAAGAAAGAAGAUCGAUGUCCUUGGGCCAUUGCGCAUCCUUAGCAGCAAGUUCGCAACCCCUAUCAUCAUCUUCCUCGCGAUAUACUAUGCUGUCUGGCAGAUGAGUAUCACGGCUAUGUCAUCUCUUUUUAAAAGUCGCUAUGGUCUUAGUGAAAUCCAGAUUGGUCUAACAUUCAUCGCUAAUGGUGUCGGCUCGAUGGUCGGAACUUUGAUCGCCGGGAGGAUCCUCGAUUUGGACUACCGCCGUGCCAAAGCUAAGUUCGAGGCUCGUUCAUCGGACGCAGAUGUUGAAGCUGGGAACGUUUUCUCAGAUGUCACAAAUGACCGGGAAGAAAGCUUCCCCAUUGAGAAAGCCCGACUUCGACUCGUCCCCGUUUUUUCCUUGCUGCAAUGUCUUUCGAUUAUUCUCUUUGGUUGGACCAUCCAAUAUCCCCACCACGUUCACAUCGCCGUCCCUAUCAUCUCCACAUUCAUCACCGGAUGGACUGCUGUCUCUACGCAAUCGGUCAUCAUGACCUACCUUGUCGACAUAUUUCCUGAUCGAAGUGCCGCGGCUAGUGCCAGUCUCAAUCUUGCUAGAUGCUUGUUUGCCGCUGGCGGCACAAGCUUCGUGAUGCCGAUGAUUAAUGGCAUCGGCGUGGGCCUCACUUUCACUGUUUGCGUCGCUAUACAGGCUGUCGCGCUGAUCGGUCCGCUUGUGCAGUGGAAAUUCGCUGGGGUUUGGAGAAGAGAAGCUGAAAAAAGAAAGCUUUGA